AAUUGGCAAGGAAGAAGAUAAGACGCUUGUGCUCGAAACACGUCUCUGAAAUUUUCUUCUCACUAAUAAUAAGAAUAAUAUAAUAUUCACCAAAAGUUAUCUAUUUCCGAAAGAAGAAGAAGAAGGAAGACAGGAGGAGAUGGCUUCGUUGAACGUGUUCUUUUCUCCCAUUGUUAUUCAACAGAAAAGGGUGAGAGUAAUCAGAACUGCAGCGACGGCGACAAAGGCCGGCGGCGGCGGCGGCGGCGGAAGCGGGGAGAAGGGUUUGCUGGACUUCAUAUUGGGGGGUCUGACCAAGGACGACCAGUUCUUUGAGACUGAUCCCAUAUUGAAGAAGGUCGAGGAGAAGAGCGGCACCGCCGGCGUCCGGAAGGUGGAGGCGCCGCCGCAGAAGAAGAAGGACGCCGGCGGCGGGUUUGGGCUUGGCCUUGGGGGACUCUUCUCUAAAAAAUAACGGCUGCCUGCUGCUUGUAAUGUCUCUCUUCUGAUAUAUACGUACUCCAAUUGAUUGUUUUAAAUUACAUUAUUAAAGCAUAAACGCAUGAAUACACCGUCGUAAUUCUCUGUAUUAAUUAAUAUAAACAUUUGAUUUAAAGAUGGUGCAGUUAAUUUGUGCUUUUCUGGA